AUGGCAUCCUUCGUAAAAAUCCCACCAAAUCUAAAAACUGCCGAUCCACAAGGGUCCGACAUCCUAGCAGCAGAAAGAGCAAAAGCCACAUUCAGCGUCAAAGACUUGGCGCUGUUAACUUACGGAAAAGAAUUUUUCGAUAUUAAGGACAGGGUGUUGUCGGUGAUUGAGAAUGACCCGACCUUUGAUAAGAAUGAGCUUUAUUAUAUGGGACGAACGGAAGAGAAUAAAUGGGGACCUGAUGAAACGUCGAUAGCCUACUGGCUUAUAGAUAUACCUGGUGUAUUCAGCGUACACCGUAGCAUGUUUAUUCCAACACUAAGAGAUCAAGGUACAAAAGAACAACAAGAGAAAUUUCUGAUCCCUGCACAAAAAUAUGAGAUUAUCGGCUGCUAUGCACAGACCGAGUUAGGACACGGAUCAAAUGUACAAGGACUCGAGACAACGGCUACUUACAUUCCGGAGACUAACGAAUUCGAGAUACAUUCGCCGACGUUGACCGCGUCAAAGUGGUGGGUCGGUAAUUUGGGAGCAGUCGCUAAUCAUGCCAUUGUAAUGGCAAGAUUGGUGACUAAUGGCAAAGAUUAUGGGCCUCAUCCUUUUGUGGUUCCUGUACGUGAUAUGAAGACACAUGAGCCUUUGUCCGGAGUUACUGUAGGAGACAUAGGACCAAAAUUUGGCUUUAAUUCUGUAGAUAAUGGAUUUGUUAUAUUUGAUCGUGUGCGCAUACCACAUUUCAACAUGCUCGCAAACUUCGCAAAAGUAGAACGAUUCACAGGGAAAUACAUAAAACCACCAAACGACAAACUCUCAUACGGCACAAUGGUUCUAAUCCGUACAAACAUUGUUGUCGGAGCACAAUACACGCUCGCACGCGCAGCAACAAUCGCAAUCCGCUAUUCGGCUAUUCGGCGACAAUUUGUCGACAAAGAGAACCCGACAAAGCUUCCGAACGGACGCGUCAUAGAAACCUCCGUGUUAGAUUACACUAUGCAACAGUACCGUCUGUUUCCUGUGGUUGCUAUGUCAUACGCGAUGUUGUUUACCGCGAACGAGAUGCGGAGACUGUACGAUGAGAAUCAUGCGAAAAUUUCGAUGGGUGAUUUCUCGUUGUUGGCUGAUUUACACGCAUCCAGUUCUGGAUUAAAGUCGUUAUCGAGUACAAUGGCUGUCGAUGCGGUUGAAGAUUGUCGGAGAGCGUGUGGUGGACAUGGAUUUUCGUCUUUUAGUGGAUUUACACUUUUUUAUCAGAAUUUUCUGCCGAAUACUACUUGGGAAGGUGAUAAUUAUAUAUUAAAUCAACAAACAGCACGCUAUCUCUUCAAACACUAUCGACAACUGCUAAAUUCCAAAGAUUCAGUUUCCGGCACAAGUAACACAACAGCCGCAUACCUUCAACAAUACCUACGUAAUCCUAAUCAAGUAAGCUCCGUAAAAGAAGCAAGUGAUUUCAACAAUCCCGAAAUACAAUUAACAGCAUUCGCACAUCGUGCCGCCUACCUAAUUGCGAACGCCGUCGAUCAACUAGACAACCAUAAUCGUACAUGGAACUCGAUGCUUGUCGAAAUCAGCAAAGUAUCACGUGCCCACUGUCAAUUCAUUCUAGUAAGAAAUUUCAUUGCUGCACUCCAGAUCACAAAUACUUUCAAUGACGGCACCCGACAAAAACUAUUAGACUCUAGUCCAUCAUUACGCUCGGUACUCAGCACAGUAUGCAGCCUAUUUGCACUGUGGACAAUGGAAAAAGAAGUCGGUGAAUUCCUAAUCAGUGGGUACUUGACUUCGCAGCAAACAAAACAACUUAAUACUCAAGUGCUCACCCUGCUAGCGGAACUACGUCCAAAUAUAAUGUCACUUGUUGAUGCGUUCUAUCUUCCGGAUUUCUUGUUACAUUCAGCGCUUGGGCGAUCUGAUGGUCGGGUGUAUGAGACGAUGUUAGAGUGGGCGGCUAAGGAACCGUUGAAUUCUGUUAGGAUUGAUAAUAAUAUUUAUAAUAGUAGGUUUUUGAAAGAAGGUCAAGAUGACUCGACGUUACGGCCUAAAUUAUAA